AUGGCCUAUCAGGGGUCUGGCGCGCAUUCGCCAAACUACGAGGACGCUCAUCGUCUGCAAGAUGUGCCUGCCUCUCAGUAUCGCGAGGAUGAGGAUGCAUCCAGAGGCCUACUCGCCCAUCAGCAAGGCCCUUUCGCAACGCCCUUUGACGAUCCUCACUCGCGGGGAGUCUCGCCCGUGCGCCCCGCCUCGGGUUACAGCUUGACCGAGACCUACGCCGCCGAUCCAGCCCCGACGUACCAGGACCCCUAUGCGACGGGCUCCGUGUACUCGGGUCAGUCCGAGAACCCUGCUGCGGCUUUUGGUGUCCCCGGCCGAGUCGCAUCCCCCUACGCCCGAAGCGAGACCUCAUCCACCGAGGCCUGGCGCCAGCGACAAGCCCCCGGUGGUGGAAACGGUGGUACGGGUGGUGGUGUUGGUGGUGGUGGCGGCAAUCUGCGCCGUUAUGCCACUCGUAAGGUCAAGCUGGUUCAGGGUUCAGUCCUGAGUGUGGACUACCCGGUGCCCAGUGCCAUUCAGAAUGCCAUCCAAGCCAAGUACCGCAAUGACCUGGAAGGCGGCAGUGAGGAGUUCACGCAUAUGCGAUACACCGCUGCGACAUGUGAUCCUAACGAGUUCACCCUCCACAACGGUUACAACCUGCGACCGGCAAUGUAUAACCGGCAUACCGAGCUGCUGAUCGCCAUCACCUACUACAAUGAGGACAAGACUUUGACGGCCCGUACACUUCAUGGUGUGAUGCAAAAUAUCCGCGACAUCGUGAAUCUCAAGAAAUCCGAAUUUUGGAACAAGGGUGGACCCGCGUGGCAGAAGAUCGUCGUUGCACUAGUCUUCGACGGUAUCGAUCCUUGCGACAAGGAUACUCUGGACGUCCUGGCCACCGUUGGUAUCUAUCAGGAUGGUGUCAUGAAGCGUGAUGUCGACGGAAAGGAGACCGUGGCGCAUAUUUUUGAAUAUACGACUCAGCUGUCCGUCACGCCCAAUCAACAGCUCAUUCGUCCGACCGAGGAUGGUCCAAGCACUCUGCCCCCGGUACAAAUGAUGUUCUGUUUGAAGCAGAAAAACAGCAAGAAGAUCAACUCUCACCGUUGGCUCUUCAACGCAUUUGGUCGGAUCUUGAACCCCGAGAUCUGUAUCCUGCUCGAUGCUGGAACGAAGCCUGGCCCCAAGUCUUUGCUAUCUCUGUGGGAGGCCUUCUACAAUGACAAGGAUCUGGGUGGUGCCUGUGGUGAGAUUCAUGCCAUGUUGGGCAAGGGCUGGCGGAACUUGGUCAACCCGCUGGUGGCAGCACAGAACUUCGAGUACAAGAUCAGUAACAUCUUGGACAAACCACUCGAGAGUUCGUUCGGCUACGUCAGUGUUUUGCCCGGUGCGUUUUCUGCAUACCGGUUCCGUGCCAUUAUGGGGCGUCCGUUGGAGCAAUAUUUCCAUGGUGAUCAUACCUUGUCUAAGCAACUGGGUAAGAAGGGUAUCGAGGGCAUGAACAUCUUCAAGAAAAACAUGUUCUUGGCCGAGGACCGCAUUCUCUGUUUCGAGUUGGUCGCCAAGGCCGGUUCCAAAUGGCACCUGUCGUACGUGAAAGCCUCCAAGGCCGAAACGGACGUGCCUGAAGGUGCCGCCGAAUUCAUUUCGCAGCGCCGGCGUUGGUUGAACGGUUCCUUCGCGGCCGGCAUUUACUCGCUGAUGCAUUUCGGCCGGAUGUACAAGAGUGGACACAACCUGAUCCGCAUGUUCUUCUUGCACAUCCAGAUGCUGUACAAUAUCUUCAGCACCAUUCUCACCUGGUUCUCGCUUGCCUCUUACUGGUUGACCACCACCGUUAUCAUUGACCUGGUCGGCACCCCCAGUACCAGCAACAAGGAUACGGCAUUCCCCUUCGGCAAGGAGGCCACACCCAUUGUGAACACCAUCAUUAAGUAUAUCUACCUGGGAUUCCUUCUGCUGCAGUUCAUUCUCGCGCUCGGCAAUCGGCCCAAGGGCUCCAAGUUCUCCUACUUGGCCUCCUUUGUGGCAUUCGGCAUCAUCCAGUUGUAUAUCGUCGUCGACUCGCUAUACCUGGUUAUUCGCGCUUUCACCGGCGGUGCGCCGAUGGACUUUGUCACCAACGAGGGUGUUGGUGCUUUCCUCAAAUCAUUCUUCGGCUCCUCGGGUGCUGGUAUCAUCAUCAUUGCCCUGGCCGCCACCUUCGGUCUCUACUUCGUCGCCUCGUUCAUGUACGCCGACCCAUGGCAUAUGUUCACUUCCUUCCCCGCCUACAUGGUCCUGCAGUCCUCUUACAUCAACAUCCUCAACGUCUAUGCUUUCAGCAACUGGCACGAUGUGUCCUGGGGUACCAAAGGUUCCGAUAAGGCCGAUGCGCUGCCUUCUGCCAAGACUACCAAGGAUGAAGGUAGUAAAGACGCGGUCAUAGAGGAAAUCGAUAAGCCUCAAGCCGAUAUCGACAGCCAGUUCGAAGCUACGGUCAAGCGUGCGCUCACCCCGUACGUUGCGCCGGUCGAGCACGACGAGAAGUCUCUCGAAGACUCCUACAAGAGCUUCCGUACUCGUCUGGUAACUUUCUGGAUUUUCAGCAACGCUUUCCUUGCCGUGUGCAUCACUAGCGAGGCGGUAGACAAGUUUGGAUUCACGAACACUGCUACCACCCGUACUGCCCGAUUCUUCCAGGCCCUCCUGUGGUCCAACGCCGUCAUGGCUAUGUUCCGCUUCGUGGGCGCCUCUUGGUUCCUAGGCCGUACCGGUAUCAAGUGCUGCUUCGCACGCCGGUAA